AUUCGCGACUUCGAGACGAAGAUUCUGAACCCAAGAUCGCGAUUUUUGGAGCAGGUUCCAGCGUCGACGUUUCGUAUUCUGGCCCGUUCUCUGCGUAGGAGCGUCGGAAUUCAGCGAAACCUGGGCCAUUGGAUUCGUGACUUCGAGACGAAGCUUCAGAACCCUUGUUUGCUGAAUUUGGAUAAGCAGGAGAACCGGGGACCUCGACGGACCAGCGAGGGAUCAAUUUGGAUCCGGGCCACUUUCUUCGCUGCCAGGAGUUGCUUGAGAGGGCCUUCUGUUUCGGCGGCUGCUCCUUCUGAGGCGGACCGCGGGAAAGGCGUGGCGAGUUAGAGCCUACCCUCCGAGUACAGUGCUAGAGGACUCCCGCUGCAGGUAGUGACAGUUUUUGUUCGGGCGCUUUUGUACAUACAGUUGAACUCGCUGGAGCGAGUAGUGUUC